UAUAAAACUGCUUAUAAUAUUGUAAUAUUGGAGAUUAUCGUCGGUGGAUGUUAAUAGCUUCAAUACUCCUGUAUUCAAGAGCAGGAAGUUGAAGAUGUCGGGAUGGACGGAUAUUUGAUGUGGGGAGGAAGAAAUCCACUUCAAGGUUAGCUCACAGGGGCAGCACAGCUAGAUCGGCGAUAGCCCAAGAACUAGGCGCCAUGUCUAAUCCGAACCAACUAUAUCUCUUAGCCGACCACAUCAAACUAUCGCUACUCGAGCGGCAACGGGCGCAGAGUCUCAAUAUUGAUGGCGAUUCGAAAGAUGGCCACAUAUCUAGAUCAUUAGAUCAAUUCCGAGAUGGGUUGAUGACGUUAGAAACAGAGCAGAAGAGACUAGAGGAGGCAGGCGAUGAAGAGGGCUCACUCACAAUCACCGACGCUCUGCCCGGCUUGCAUAAGCAGUACAACGACCUAACAUCCCAAUUCCACGGCUUCUCCUCUCCCUCCAGCGCAUCAACUCUCACGCAUCCGAACGACCCGGCUUUAUCCUCCGACUUCGAGCAUGCAACCACUUCUCCCGGUUCCCCAACCGGCGCUCCCUCCGCACCCGUAACAGCUUCAACAUCAAAUCUCCGUCCCAAGGGCGCGCGCACAACCUCUAAGACAGUGCGGUUCUCCGAUAACCCAACGAGCCCCGGUGUUGCCCCGGAUUUAGAAGCACAGCUGUUCGGCGAGAACAGGUAUCGGGAUAACCCGUCGGAUGACAACAUGGGAUACCGGGACGAGGCGUCUGGUAUGACGAACACUCAAAUCCACGCGUAUCACCAGCGGAUCUUAGAUCAGCAAGAUGACCAGCUUGACGCGCUAGGAGCGAGCAUCGCGCGCCAACGUGAACUUAGCAUGCGCAUCGGCGAUGAGCUAGAUGAGCACGUCGCGAUGCUGGACGACGUUGACGUCGCCGUAGAUCGCCACCAAGGCCGGCUGGACCGGGCCCGCAGACAAGUCGGCCGGAUUGCGCGGUCCGCCGGCGAGAGCAAGCAGAUGAUCGCCAUCAUCAUCCUAAUCAUCGUCCUCGUCCUUCUCAUCGCGAUACUGAAAUAAUUAAAUCCCACACCUAACACACGAUACGCACUGUAUUAAACCACGUACACUAAACCAAACGAACCGUAAUUACCUAAAAGGGGGAAAGGAAA